UUAUUAUAAUAAUUUCCAUGUUAGCUGAUAAAUUAAAGCUUCCUCUAGCCACAGAGGAUGUGAUUAUAGAUCCUUCAAAAUCAGUCAGACUGCCUGACAAGUUCUUAAUCAAACACAAGAAGAAAGGCAAUAAGUCACAAACCAGAAAGAAGAAGAUAAACAGGAAUAAGCUUAAGUAAAAGACUAGCUGGAGGCAGCCUUAUUGGUAGUAGGAAGAACCCCCAGGUAGUAACCGUACCAAAUCUAUUUAAACCCAUCUCGCUUAGUCCAAAGCCCAAGGCUAUGGUUGAUAUUCAUUCAAUUAAAAAUAUCAAGAGCUUCCUGCAAAGUGUGAGAAACAAACAAGGCAAGCAAUUCAAAGAGGAUAAUUACCCCCAAUACGGCCCUAUUGGGAUUCCAAAAGGUGACUCCUACUCUGGAACAAUUAGUCGAGACAAGUACGGAAACAAAAUUGGGUUUGGAGGUGAUCCAAAAUAUUCAACCAUCAAGUACAGAAGAAAAGCUGAAAAGAAGAGGAUCCAAAACCUUGAUUCUCGAGGGUCAGGAUUAAAAAUCCUUAGUGAGUCAGAUACGGAUCUCUAUUUGAAUUCAGCAAAUGUUAACGAGAGUAAAUUUAGGCCAAGCCAUACUUCAAGCCAGCCUAGUCUUCCUAAUGCUAAGGUGGUAGUCGAAUCAAUGGAGAAAAAAUUAUCGAACCCGAGUCUGCCUGCAAUCAACCUUAAAGCUAGUGAAAGGAUCAAUACUCCUAGCUACAUCGGAGAAGAAGCUUAUUUGAACUUCUACAGCAAAUAUAAGAGAAUUUCAAAAGAGAAAGAAAUCGCGAAGGAUGGAUACUCUGCAUCUACUGCCUUCUUAACAAGCUGUGAGAAGAUGCAGAUGACUCCUACCCCUAUGGGAAUCCUCAAAUUUCAGGGAAAAGAGAGGGAGAUAAACCUUGCUAAUUUCAGCAUGGGAAAUAAAUACGCUCUUGCAUUGAGCAACUCUAUGAAGUACUUAAAAACCGAGAAACUGAAUUUACGUUGAAACAACCUAGGUAAAACAGGAAGUGUAGCCAUCCUUUCUAAUCUUCCUGAGAGUCUUGCAGAGCUGAACUUGUCAAAGAACAAUAUGGGAGAUGAUGCAAUCCCUCAGCUGAUCUUAUGGUUGAAGAGCUCAGAGAGGAAAAGUACUCCACCUAAAGAUAAUGAGAAACUGAACCAAUUUUACUCUUUAUCACAUAAUUUGAAGAUUUUGAAUCUAUCAUCCAAUAAACUUUCUGACAAAUGCAUCUUCGAUCUGUGUGAGGGUCUGAUAACUGCAAAUCCACCAUUGAACCAUCUUGACCUCUCUGAAAACCAGAUGGAGACUCAAGGAUGCAAGUCUUUGGGAGAGUUCCUUCAAGUCAACAGCCACAUCAAGAUUCUUAGACUGCAGUGGAACAAGAUUCAUUCUGAAGGGGCUUGAUUCCUCUUCGAUAGCAUCUCGAUUAACACUUCGCUUAAGAAUCUGGAUAUUAGCUGGAACAUGCUUGGUGCCAAGGACUUCAAAAGGAACGAAAAAGUAAUCAUAGCAAUGGGAAAUAUGGUCAAUUCAGGAGUCUUGGCUCACCUUGACAUUUCCUACAACAGCUUAAAAAUUAAAGAAUGAGCUAUUUUUGGGGAACUCAUCAGAGAGAACAAGACUCUCUUCGGCCUCCACAUGCAUGGCAAUGCAUGCAUGGUUGACACCUAUGGCGUUAUCAGGACUGAUAAAUAAAUAUGAUGUUAAGAAUUAUGGAAAAGACAACUUCAUUGGCUACCAUAACAUCGAUGGCAGAUCUGUCUUAAUCAAAGAUAAAAAGCCUAAAAUAGCUAAAAUAAAGUCCCACACCCACUGUUGGGUGUGAGAAGGAUGGAGGGAGCAGAAGUUCACCCUCACUCUUGGAAAAUCUCACAACAAAAUAUUCGACCCUAUCAACAUUCACUUCGAUUUUGACGAGUACAAGCCUGACUUGAUGACGAAGAAAGUAGGAAACUGGAAGUCGUCAGAUACUUAUGAAAUCAGAAGAAUGGUUCCUCCUGGUAAAACAAUGUACUUCUUCACUGUAAACCACGAAUAUUUCCAUGCUAAAGACCACCUAAGGAUGACAUGUAAGGGAAAAAUGCUCAUUAGAAAUAUCGAAUUCAUCGAAGUCAUGGAGGACGAUGGCCGCCCUCCUGACUCUGACGAAGAAGAGGAGGACAAUACACCCUGUAACUACUCCAUUGGGAUAAUGAAUUACACAUCAGGAAAGCCGAAGGAGGUGCUUGAUGAAGACUACGAGCCUACUUGUAAGACUUGCAGACCCAGACCACCUGACAAGGUCUAUGUCAAGCCGAGAAAUCGGAGGCCAAGGACUCCUUGGUCUUUUCCAAUAUCUAUUUUCAAGAAUUAUCAGAAGGAUAAUGAAGAAAUUUUGAAUAAAUGAUUUGAAUUUGAUUGGAAAUGUAUCAAGCUUCCAAAAAUGUCAGAUGAAGAGCUCACAGAAAUUAAAGAAGCUCUUAAGCAAGGCUACAAAAUGUUUAAAAACAUAUACAAGUACCUUGCAGGUGUAGGAAAAGGCGCAGGAGGUGUUUUCUGCAUCCCUCUCAAUUGAUACACAGAUUAUGUCAAGCAGAUAGAUCUUGUUAAUGGGAAAGACAUCCGGCUUGCAGAAAAUGAUACUCUAUUCCUGACUAUGAACAAAAGGGCUAAAGCUACAUAUCUAAAUCCUGGAGUUGCCCUGGUCAGGUUCCAGUUUCUAGAAAUCUUAAUCAGACUUGCACUCAAGAGGUACGAAGAUACCGGCCUUGUCAAAUCAAAAGGAGAAGCUGUUACAAUGAUGCUUGAGAAAAACCUAUAUCCAUCUUACGAAAGAGAGGACCCCCAAGAUUUCAGAGAUAACAAGUACUGGUGUGAAGAAGUAGACAACAUCUUCAAAUCCCAUGUCCAACUAUUCGAGUACUUAUUCAAAAAUUAUGGAGGAACCCACAUGAAGCCCGGAGAUCAAUGGUUCAUGACCACUGACGAGCUAGAAAACAUAUUUGCUGAAUCUAACCUCAUCAACGACCAGUUGGUUUCAAGAGACAUUGCAGUGUACUUCAACCUAUCUAUGAUGACCCAGGUUGAUGAACUCAACAAAGAAAGGCACCUCAGAAUGAACUUCAUCGAAUUUCUUGAAGCCUUUGCUAGAUGAGCAGAGGUUAUCUGCUACGACCCCUCGGAGAAAGAAAGAAUGAAGAAAGUCUUCGAAGAGGAAUCUGUCAAAAAGGAGCUCAAGAGGAAGGGAACCAAAGACCCUUCACUCUCAUCAACCUCCCUAAAGAAAGCCCCUGAUGAGGCUGAGAAGGAGGAUUUUGAAGAAGCAGCUAAUCUGCUAUCGAAAGAAGAAAGAGAAGCCCAGCCGUUGUACAUUAAAAUCGAGAAUAUUUUACCCAGAGUUUAUAUCAAUUGAACGAAUAAUAGCUUCAAAGAGAAGUUCGAAUGGCCUACGAUCAAUCCCUACACUGGUCUGUACAUCGAGCCUCAGAAGAAGAAGAAUAAGCAAAAUAAUGGCUUAAGUGCAACACUGAAGAAGAAUGACGCAGGCAAUUUAGGACAGUUGCUCCUAAAAUAA